AUGUUGAACAUUAGCUAUCAUAUGUGCGCCUUUCUGUUGGCCAUAACAACGGCCAUGCUGUGGGCCAAUGUGCUGGGGCAACAGGCGCAGCUGUUGGAUGAGGAUGAGGAUGUCUUUGGCAGGCCCUGGCCCACGUACAGUCUGCAGAAUAUGCCCAAGACGCAGUUCACAUGCCGUGACAAGAUACUUGGCGGCUACUAUGCCGAUCCCGAGACGCAGUGUCAGAUGUUUCAUGUCUGUGUCAAGCUGCCCGGAGUGGGGCUCUCACAUCGAAGAGUUAAUUCGUUUGUCCAACAGGUGCAGGACUAUCGCUUCCUCUGCCCAAAUAGCACUGCCUUCGAUCAGGAGCUACAGAUCUGCGCCAACUGGGCGGACGUCGACUGUGACAAGGCACCGGCAUAUUAUGAUGGCAACAAUCUAAACGAUUUAUAUCGCGGCGGCGAGGAGAGCAAGAGCCCCAACCAGGGCGAGGAAGAGGAGGGCACCUUCCAUUUGCAGCGCGCCGAAAGUGGUGAUGUGCGUCGCUCCAAGGAGAAUCGCGGCGAUCAAAAGUCGCGCCCCAGACAUAAUUAUGGGCAAACAGCGUCCAGUGGCAGUGCGGACAGCACGCAAACAACCAGGCGACCCAUCACCAGCUAUUAUACACCCACGACAACAACAACGACAACAACAACCAGCACCGAGCGCAGCUACUACAACAACCACAACUACAACAACAACAACGAUGAUUCGAAGCAAGACAUCGAUGAUAUCUUCAAGGGUUCCCACAGUUCGCACUUCUUUGCCAAUCGCCAUGGCGGUCGUGAAUUCGACGAGGAGCCGGCUGUAGUUGCCCGUUCCAGACCCAACGAUUUCAACGAUUAUAGUCGCAAGACCACGGAGACGGCCAGCAAAACGCGUGCCACGCCCACGCGGGCACAGCGUACCAGCAGUCAGAUACCCGCGUUCACAGCAACAACAACAACCACUAGCAGCACAAGUGCUCCUACCAGCAAAUCCCUGAAGAAGAUAACGCUGCAUGCCGCCUACAAUACAGGCUUCCCGGACUACACGCAACAUCAUAAAUCCAGUACGCCCAGCAGCGUGCCGCCCACGGCGGGCACCACGCCACGUCUGGGCAGCGGCAUCACCAGCCGGUUUAGUUUUGGAGUGAACGACUAUCAAACCCAGGAGCGCAUACAGCCGACCACGUAUAAUCCGAACAAUGGAUAUCGCUUCAAGAGCACGGAGCUACCCGCCAGCUCGACCAAGCUAACGGGCAAGAAUGCUCAGGACUUUGACAAGGAGACGACCAGGCGUCAUAAUAAGCCCACGGUGGCAGCGCGCAAGCAAAAACUUGGCCCACAGGAGUCCAACUACAUAAAUCACAACGAGUUUGCCGAGCUGCCCAAAGCGAAGCUGCAGCAGCCCCAGCCUUUCCAGGCCACAUCAGGUGCCACACGCAAGCCCGCCCAGCUGGAGCCGCAGUAUCAGCGACCGCGUGCUAACGGUCAACAGUUGACGCGCGUGGGCAGUCAGGAGCCGGCGCCGUUUAAGACCUCGUCUGCUGCCAAGCCGCGUACCUUCACCAGCCGCGGCAGCAUCACCUACAAGGCCACCACGCAGCGCUAUGCCGACGAUGAGUUCUAUUACCCGACAACCACUAGCACGACGGCAAAUCCCAGCAAGAAGUUGUCUACGCAAGCCUACACGCCCACCACCUUUAAGCCCACCACGUACAAGAAGUCCUACGAGACGAACUAUUAUCAGGCACCGCAAACGCUGCGUCCCAGCCAGAGUGCGAGUCCCAAGAAGACAUCCGCUGUGACGCCGCAGUCGGUGCCGACCACUACGGCCAAUCCGUACUACAAUGUGGAUGAAGAUGACGGCCAAUACCAUCCGGAGCUAUAUGAGAAUGAUUUUCCGCGCAAUCGUUUCAAGUUUCUGCGCAACAGAUCCACCAGCUCUGGUACCACGACAAGCACGACUAGCGCUCCGGUAGUCAGCCGGCAGCCACAUGGCUUCCAUCAGGCGCACAGCCAUCUGAAGAGCCAACAGCAGUCGGCGUAUCAGAAGGAGCGCGAACAGGAGCAAUCGGAUCUGAGCGACGAGGAUGAGCUCUUCAAGACGGCGCAGUCGCUAAACUUUGGCGCUGCCAGCAUUAACAAGCUACGCGCUGACAUCUACAAGGCGGAGAAGACAUCACAGCAGUAUAACUCGCAAUACAGUCCACAGCUGGCGCCAUCUAGUCCGAAGACGACCGCACAGACGAGCAGCAGCCCAACAACCACAACCACAACGAGCACAACAAGACGCCCCACAACAACCACAACCACAACGACAACAAUAACUACAAAGCCAACCACAAGCUCCGCCUUGGAGCCCAAGAAAUCAGCGAAGAGCAAAAAGGAGGAUAAGAAAAGCAAAUCCAAACGGCCGCCACAUGCCGAUGAGGAUACCAGCUACGACUAUGCCUACUAUGACACGGACUGAGCUUCAGUUCCGGCCCAGCCCCUACAUUUAACUGCAAGCUCCAUAUUUUGUAUUCCUUCAUCAUAAACUAUGAAUGUUCAUAGCAUAAAAGCAUGCAUCAACUAAACAUCCCAAUCCUCUCCAGCAGCAAUAAUAUAGGUGCCACAGUAUUUUAUACAAACAACAAAAAAUGAAGAAGAAGAAGAAAGAAAACUACCCAUUUUGCGAU